CAAACAUCCAGAGCGGGUUCUCUUUCCCGCCAUCGACCGACGACAGUGUAAGAUGGAAUCAGAGGGAGGAGAGAGGGCGAGCAUCAUCGUCGGGCUCAUAGAGAACAGAGCCAAAGAGGUUGGAUUAGCAGCCUUCGACUUGAGAUCAGCUUCACUGCAUCUUUCUCAGUAUAUAGAAACAAGCAGCUCAUAUCAGAACACAAGGACCCUGCUUCAUUUCUAUGAUCCAGCAGUGAUCAUUGUGCCCCCAAACAGGACGUCAGCUGAUGGCAUGGCUGGAGUUUCUGAGCAAGUAGACAUGUUUUAUUCAUCUGCUAGUAAGGUUGUAAUGGCUCGUGGUUGGUUUGAUGAUACCAAGGGGGCCACACUGACAAAAAGUUUGGCAGCUAAAGAACUGUCUGUUGGUUUGGAUAUAUACUGCAAGCAGUAUUAUCUUUGCCUGGGUUCUGUUGCAGCAAUCAUAAGAUGGGCAGAAGCAGAAAUGGGUGUAAUUGUCAGUAACCAUUCUUUGAUGGUAACUUUCAAUGGCUCUUCAGACCACAUGAAUAUUGAUGCCACAAGUGUGCAGAAUUUGGAAAUUAUUGAGCCCCUGGAUUUAGCUUUCCGGUGUAAGAGUGAAAAGAAAACAAGUCUCUUCCAUUUGCUAAAGACAACUAAAACAAUUGGCGGGACUAGGCUUCUUAGGGCUAAUUUAUUGCAGCCAUUGAAGGAUAUGGAAACUAUCAAUGCCCGUCUGGAUUGUCUGGAUGAAUUGAUGAGCAAUGAGGAGUUGUUCUUUGGUCUGUCAGAGGUGUUACGGAAGUUUCCAGUAGAAACUGAUCGUGUACUCUGCCACUUUUGCUUCAAGCAAAAAAGAGCUGUCAGUAAGACAUUCGGACUGUUGAAUGCAAGAAAGAGCCAAAUAACUAUAGCACGCAUCAUUCUUCUCAAAACAGCUUUACUAGCAUUACCUUUACUCUUAAAGGUCCUCAAGAAUGCAAAAAGUUUUAUGUUUUGCAAUUUCUGCAAAACUCUUAGUGAAAACAUGAAAUACGAUGGCAUAAUGAAAAGGAUUGAGAAUAUAAUUGACAAAGAUAUACUUCAUGCAAGAGUUCCUUUUAUUGCACGAACCCAACAGUGUUUUGCUGUCAAGCCUGGAGUUGAUGGAUAUCUUGAUGUUGCACGACGAUCAUUUUGUGACAGUAGUGAAGCUAUCCAUCAUCUUGCAAGCAAGUAUAGAGAAAAUUUUAAACUGCCAGAUUUAAAAUUAUUAUUCAACAAUAGGCAAGGUUUCUAUUUCAGCAUCGCACAAAAGUGCAUAAAUGGAAAGCUACCAGGCCAAUUUAUUCAGGUUGUGAAGCAUGGGAAAAACAUUCAUUUCUCAACACAUGAACUUGCUUCUCUAAAUGUUAGAAAUAACUCUGCUGCAGCAGAUUGCCAUACCCGAACAGAACAUUGCCUUGAAGCCCUUGUUGAUACUAUACGUGAGGAUGUCUCAUCCCUUACAGUUCUAGCAGAGAUCUUGUGUCUUUUGGACAUGAUAGUAAAUUCAUUUGCACAUACAAUAUCUACUAAGCCUGUUGAUCGAUAUACACGUCCUGAAUUUACUGAUAACGGUCCAUUGGCAAUUGAUAGUGGGAGGCAUCCCAUAAUGGAAAGCAUGCACAAUGAAUUCAUCCCAAAUAAUAUCUUCCUCUCUGAGGCAUCAAACUUGGUGAUUGUUGUUGGUCCAAACAUGAGUGGAAAAAGUACAUAUCUUCAGCAAGUAUGCCUUAUCGUCAUCCUUGCUCACAUUGGCUGUUAUGUUCCUGCUAAAUUUGCUUCUUUACGUGUAAUCGAUCAGAUAUUCACAAGAAUAGGAAUUGGAGACAAUAUUGAAUGCAAUUCAAGCACGUUUAUGACAGAGAUGAGAGAGACAGCUUUCAUCAUGCAUAAUGUUUCUUCAAGGAGUCUUAUUGUGAUUGAUGAGCUCGGGAGAGCAACAUCCUCAACUGAUGGAUUUGCAGUUGCAUGGAGUUGCUGUGAGCAUUUACUCUCUCUCCCAGCUUAUACCAUAUUUGCUACACACAUGGAGAAACUCACUGAAUUGGUGACCCUGUAUCCCAAUGUCAAGGUUUUGCAUUUUCAAGUCAAUGUGAAGAAUGGUCGAUUAGAUUUCCAGUUUCGAUUAAUGGAUGGGCCUCAUGAUGUACCAUACUAUGGCCUUCUUUUGGCUGGGGUGGCUGGAUUGCCAAAUUCAGUGAUUGAGGUAGCAAGCAACAUAACCACGAAGAUCAUGAAGAAGGAAGCUUUGAGAAUGGAAGAGAACUGCAUACAAUAUCAUUCAAUUUGGUUGGACUACCGACUCUUGCAGAGGCUUAUAUGCUUGAAGUACUCAAACCAGGAUCAGGAUGGGGUCCUGAAAGCAUUGCAGAAUCUCAAGGAAAGCUAUAUUAACGGGAAGCUCUCUGGUUGAAAGUGGGAGAACUUUUGCUGCCUGUUGCUUUGUGAUGAUACUAUAGCUGCUUAAGCUCAUUGCCUUUCCAAGCAAAGACUGGUCUAUCAUAAAUGAAAUCCAACACCAUACCAGCACAAGUACAAAUUUUUUAAGACAGUUGCCUUGAUGGCUAGUCCAUUGUUUCUACAGACACAUUGGAGUUGAAGCCCCUUCAACCCAAGGUAGGUAGGCCUGCUGAAGCAGCCCCUGCCCCUGUCCGGACGUCGUGUCUUUUAUACCUCGAUAACGGCCAGGCUAAGUGUCAUACCCCAACCCUUUGACCCUCAAAUUAUUUUUUUUGUUAAAAUAUAAAACAUUGAAGUGCAACGACACAAUGAUUCAAAAGG